AUGGAGGGAACUAGUUUUCAGAAAGCGAAUAACAGUUUGAGAAGAAACUCGUCGGUGUGGAGGAAAGAUUCAGGAAUGGAGAUUUUCUCGAGGUCGUCUAGAGAAGAAGACGAUGAAGAAGCUCUGAAAUGGGCUGCUCUAGAGAAGCUCCCCACUUUUGAUCGUCUCAGAAAAGGGAUCCUCACGGCCUCUCACGGCCUCAACGAGAUCGAUAUUCAGAAGCUUGGAUUCCAGGAUACGAAGAAACUGCUCGAGAGGCUCAUCAAAGUCGGUGACGACGAGCAUGAGAAGCUCCUCUGGAAACUCAAGAACCGUAUCGAUAGAGUUGGAAUCGAUCUUCCGACAAUAGAAGUUCGGUUUGAUCAUUUGAAAGUUGAAGCAGAGGUUCAUGUCGGAGGCAGAGCUUUACCCACGUUCGUUAAUUUCAUCUCCAAUUUCGCCGAUAAGCUCCUGAAUACUCUGCACCUUCUUCCCAACCGGAAGAAGAAGUUCACUAUACUCAACAACGUCAGCGGAAUCAUCAAGCCCGGCAGGAUGACUCUGCUCUUGGGUCCUCCAAGUUCAGGGAAAACGACCCUCUUGCUUGCCUUGGCGGGAAAGCUUGAUCGUGAACUAAAGGAAACUGGAAGAGUGACAUACAAUGGUCAUGGAAUGAAUGAGUUCGUGCCACAAAGAACAGCUGCGUAUAUAGGUCAAAAUGAUGUUCAUAUCGGUGAAAUGACUGUUCGGGAGACUUUUGCUUACGCAGCUCGCUUCCAAGGCGUUGGUUCACGUUAUGAUAUGUUGACGGAAUUGUCAAGAAGAGAGAAGGAAGCAAACAUCAAACCUGACCCUGAUAUUGAUGUCUUCAUGAAGGCGACGUCAACAGCAGGUGAAGAAACAAAUGUGAUGACAGAUUAUAUCCUGAAGAUCUUAGGUCUUGAGGUCUGUGCAGACACUAUGGUCGGUGAUGAUAUGUUGAGAGGCAUCUCCGGAGGACAAAAGAAGCGUGUCACUACUGGUGAAAUGCUGGUUGGACCGUCUAGGGCUCUGUUCAUGGACGAAAUAUCGACUGGUUUAGAUAGCUCAACGACGUACCAGAUAGUGAACUCCCUCAGAAACUAUGUUCAUAUCUUCAACGGAACAGCUCUGAUCUCACUCCUUCAGCCUGCACCCGAGACAUUCAAUCUCUUCGAUGAUAUCAUUCUCAUUGCAGAAGGAGAGAUCAUCUAUGAGGGCCCUCGUGAUCACGUCGUGGAGUUCUUUGAGACCAUGGGAUUCAAAUGUCCUCCAAGAAAAGGCGUCGCUGAUUUCCUACAAGAAGUGACAUCAAAGAAAGACCAAAUGCAGUACUGGUCACGAUCUGAUGAGCCUUAUAGGUUCAUAAGAGUGAGGGAGUUUUCAGAGGCGUUUCAGUCAUUCCAUGUUGGGAGGAGACUCGGAGAUGAGCUCGCUUUGCCUUUUGACAAGACAAAGAGCCAUCCGGCUGCUCUAACCACCAAGAAGUAUGGUGUUGGGGUUAAAGAACUUGUCAAGACCAGCUUCUCCAGAGAAUACUUACUCAUGAAAAGAAACUCCUUUGUUUACUACUUCAAGUUCGGACAACUUCUGGUAAUGGCGUUUAUGGUAAUGACUCUGUUCUUUCGGACGGAGAUGCAAAAGAAGACUGAGGCGGAUGGGAGUCUCUACACGGGAGCCUUGUUCUUCAUCCUUAUGAUGCUCAUGUUCAAUGGAAUGUCAGAACUUUCAAUGACCAUUGCAAAGCUUCCUGUGUUUUACAAGCAAAGAGAUCUCCUUUUCUAUCCAGCAUGGGUAUACUCUCUGCCUCCUUGGCUCCUCAAGAUCCCUAUAAGCUUCAUCGAAGCCGCUCUCACAGCCUUCAUCACUUACUACGUCAUCGGCUUUGACCCCAACAUUGGAAGGCUGUUUAAGCAGUAUAUGCUGCUCGUGCUCAUGAACCAGAUGGCUUCAGGAUUGUUUAAGAUGAUGGCAGCUUUGGGAAGAAAUAUGAUCGUUGCAAACACAUUUGGUGCAUUUUCGUUGCUCGUGUUCUUUGCCUUGGGUGGUGUGGUACUUUCACGAGAGGAUAUUAAGAAGUGGUGGAUAUGGGGAUACUGGAUCUCCCCAAUAAUGUAUGGACAAAACGCGAUAGUGGCCAAUGAGUUCUUCGGUCACAGCUGGAGUCAAGCUGUCCCAAAUUCAUCAGACACACUUGGAGUUACUUUCCUCAAGUCUCGUGGGUUCUUACCCCAUGCAUACUGGUAUUGGAUCGGAACUGGAUCUUUACUCGGAUUCGUCGUGUUGUUCAACUUGGGUUUCACGGUGGCACUGACGUUUCUUAACUCCUUGGGAAAGCCUCAAGCUGUUUUGAUGGAAGAGCCUGCGAGUGAUGGGAAAAACGAGACAGAACUCCAGUCUGCUCGGACAGGAGGUGCAGUUGAAGCUAAUAAGAAAAGAGGAAUGGUGCUUCCAUUUGAGCCACAUUCAAUUACUUUCGACAAUGUCAUAUACUCAGUUGACAUGCCCCAGGAAAUGAUAGAGCAAGGCACAAAUGAAGACAGACUUGUUCUGUUGAAAGGUGUGAAUGGUGCUUUCAGGCCAGGCGUGCUUACGGCUCUCAUGGGUGUUUCUGGAGCUGGCAAAACUACUCUGAUGGAUGUUCUUGCUGGAAGGAAAACCGGUGGUUAUAUCGAUGGAAACAUCACCAUUUCUGGCUAUCCUAAGAAUCAACAAACAUUUGCCCGUAUCUCAGGAUAUUGUGAACAAACCGAUAUCCAUUCCCCACAUGUCACUGUUUACGAGUCCUUGGUUUACUCAGCCUGGCUCCGAUUGCCUAAAGAAGUAGAUUCAAACACGAGAAAGAUGUUCAUAGAGGAAGUGAUGGAGCUGGUGGAGUUAACACCGUUGAGGCAAGCACUAGUGGGACUACCUGGUGAGAGCGGUUUGUCGACGGAGCAAAGAAAGAGACUGACCAUUGCGGUGGAGCUGGUUGCAAACCCAUCCAUCAUCUUCAUGGAUGAACCUACUUCAGGAUUGGAUGCACGAGCUGCUGCUAUCGUUAUGAGGACUGUUAGGAACACGGUCGACACGGGGAGAACAGUCGUCUGCACCAUUCACCAGCCUAGCAUCGACAUAUUCGAAGCCUUUGAUGAGUUGUUCUUGCUGAAGCGUGGAGGUGAGGAGAUCUACGUUGGACCUCUUGGCCACGAAUCAAGCCAUUUGAUCAACUACUUUGAGAGUAUUCAAGGGAUCAGCAAGAUCACAGAGGGGUACAACCCAGCAACCUGGAUGCUUGAAGUCUCAACCACUUCUCAAGAAGCUGCUCUAGGAGUCGAUUUCGCCCAACUCUACAAAAAUUCAGAACUUUAUAAGAGAAACAAGGAGCUUAUCAAGGAGCUAAGCAAACCAGCUCCGGGAUCAAAAGACUUGUAUUUCCCAACACAAUACUCACAAUCUUUCUGGACACAAUGUAUGGCAUCUCUAUGGAAACAACACUGGUCCUACUGGAGAAACCCGCCUUACACCGCCGUGAGGUUCCUCUUCACAAUCGGCAUUGCUCUCAUGUUCGGCACAAUGUUCUGGGACCUUGGUGGCAAAACGAGAACGCGACAAGAUUUAUCCAAUGCAAUGGGUUCAAUGUACACAGCUGUUCUCUUCCUCGGGUUACAGAACGCCGCCUCAGUGCAACCAGUCGUUAACGUCGAAAGAACAGUCUUUUACCGAGAAAAAGCCGCCGGAAUGUACUCCGCCAUGCCGUAUGCUUUCGCUCAGGUGUUCAUCGAGAUGCCAUACGUCCUUGUGCAAGCGGUGGUGUACGGUCUCAUAGUUUACGCCAUGAUAGGAUUCGAGUGGACGGCGGCGAAGUUUUUCUGGUACCUCUUCUUUAUGUACGGAUCAUUAUUAACUUUCACGUUCUACGGCAUGAUGGCUGUGGCGAUGACGCCUAACCACCACAUCGCCUCCGUCGUCUCCUCCGCUUUCUACGGCAUCUGGAAUCUCUUCUCCGGCUUCCUCAUCCCGCGUCCCAGUAUGCCGGUAUGGUGGGAAUGGUACUACUGGCUUUGCCCAGUUUCGUGGACACUUUACGGACUAAUCACAUCACAGUUCGGUGAUAUUACAGAACCAAUGACAGAUGGUACAAGCGUGAAGCAAUUCAUUAGAGAUUUCUAUGGAUUCAGAGAAGGUUUCAUGGGAGUGGUUGCAGCCAUGAAUGUUAUCUUCCCAUUAGUUUUUGCCAUCAUCUUUGCUGUUGGAAUCAAGACUUUCAAUUUCCAAAAGCGAUAG